AAACUCCCGUACCCGAUCCGACCCGAUAUCGGAUCGAGGGGAGAGAAACUUCUUAACGCUGCACAGAGGCUGCCACGAAGAAAGAGAAGGGAUCGAAGGUGAGGAGCGCUGCCCUUGCGCCCGAUCUGGCGAGCGCGAGAUAUCGAAGAGCUAGAGUUGUGUCGCCCACUGGAAGCAACUAAACAAGAGAAUUUGCAACGAAUACGAACUUAAAGUUUUUAGUUUAGACUUAGAACUAUGCCUUCUCAGAAAAUAGAAACAGGUCACCAGGAUGUAGUCCAUGAUGUGUCAAUGGACUACUAUGGCAAGCGCCUGGCGACAGCUUCUUCUGACUCUACCAUCAAGAUUAUUGGAGUCAGUGGCUCCUCGCACCAGCAUCUUGCUACCUUGACUGGCCACCAGGGUCCGGUCUGGCAGGUAGCAUGGGCCCACCCCAAGUUUGGAUCCAUGCUUGCCUCCUGCAGCUAUGAUGGCCGCGUGAUCAUAUGGAAGGAAGGGAACAAGCCUGAUGAGUGGGCUCAGGCACACAUCUUCACUGAACACAAGUCCUCUGUCAAUUCAAUUGCAUGGGCACCUCAUGAGCUUGGCCUCUGCUUGGCAUGUGGCUCCUCAGAUGGGAACAUCUCGGUCCUUACUGCACGAACAGAUGGAGGUUGGGACACUACUAGGAUUGAUCAAGCCCACCCAGUUGGAGUCACUUCUAUCUCAUGGGCGCCGGCAAUGGCACCAGGUGCCCUUGUCGGUUCGGGACAGCUUGAUCCUGUCCAGAAACUUGCCUCUGGUGGCUGCGAUAACACUGUUAAAGUGUGGAAGCUUUACAAUGGGAGCUGGAAGAUGGAUUGCUUUCCUGCUCUUCAGAUGCACUCUGACUGGGUGAGAGAUGUGGCUUGGGCACCAAAUUUGGGGCUCCCAAAGUCUACUAUCGCUAGUGCUUCACAGGAUGGGACUGUGGUUAUAUGGACAGUGGCAAAGGAAGGUGAUCAGUGGCAGGGUAAAGUUCUGUAUGAUUUUAAGGCCCCUGUUUGGAGGGUGUCAUGGUCAUUGACAGGGAACAUCUUGGCUGUAGCUGAUGGGAAUAACAAUGUCACAUUGUGGAAGGAAGCAGUGGAUGGGGAAUGGCAGCAGGUGACAACAGUUGAGCCUUAGAAAUUCAUGUUACUGCUUGGACUUUCUUUUUCUAUUCCUGUUGGAUAAUAUGUGGCAACAUUUUGAGUAAUUAGCUAGUCCUAAUUGCUUUGUCAAUGGGAAUAUUUAGUUGUUCUUUCAAGUCUUUGAAAAGGUUUGGCCUGGAUUGGUAUAUAGUGCUAGGAUCUCUCUCUUUUAAUACAUAUGAACCAGAGACAUAUAUGGAAUUCAUGAUUGAAAUUGUCUUGUUCAACAUUUGAUACUUUUUCCCCUUUCUUAAGCAACUUGA